AUGUUAUCCUCAACCAGGCAACGUGCCCUUCUGGUUUCAAGGCGAUUUCCAACAACGACUCUGUUUCGCAUGACCCGACCUCUAUCAAACAUAGCAAAAAGUGAUGUUAUCUCUGGUAAUAGUAGGUUCAAAGAUCAGAGGGUUUCCUAUGUGAUAGGUGGUACCGCUGUAGCUAUUGUUGCACUGCUAUACAAGAAGGGAGACUCUCAAUUUGUUGAUGAUCCGCGAGAUGUGCAAGCUCUCUCAACCGUCCCUCUUAGCAAAUUGAUAUCAGGCUGGACUGCUUUCGCCUUCUGUUCCUCUCCAACAUGGGUUGACAUGAGCGAGACCUUGUACAAUGGUUUGUCCAAGAUACCGAUUGUUUCUUCAAUUACACACGCGGUCGUCAUGAGGACAUUUUUCAACCAAUUCCUCGGUGGAGAGAUGACUGAGGAAUGUAUCCCAAAGAUCGAUGCUCUCCGCCAACAUCAAAUCGGCACGCUCCUUGGUUACAACAUUGAGGCUGAGCUAGAUGGUACCAGCAAGGACCCAGACCUGAUCCUCACGCAAACACAGCACGUGCUGGAAUCGAUUGAGGUACAGGGGAAGCUGGCUAAGCAGUAUUGCCAGGAUCCUAGUGCUACAGGUGGAGAUAAUCGGUCCUGGGUAAGGAUCAAGAUUACUGGCCUACUUCCACACCCGGUUGCGCUCUAUCACGGCUCCAAGGCUAUUCUCAGAGCAAGAGAAGCUAAGGGGCUCGAUAAAGAUGUUCCUUACCCGGGUCUACCCCACCAAGGCGACUGGCAGGCUGCUCUGAAUGGCAAAGAUGUCACUGAUUCUGAUCGGGAGCAAUUGCUCGCCCUGAGAGCUACACUCGAGACCAUCGCCAGCAAGGCCCGGAAUAAUAACGUCCGAAUAGUCAUCGAUGCGGAGCAGUCGUGGUACCAACCAGUGAUCGACAGCUUGACUGACGAACUCAUGCAAGAGUACAACACCUUGGACGGUCCUGCUACUUGUAUCGCCUCAUUCCAGGCCUACCUUCGCCGUUACCCACAGCUCCUCGACCAGCAGAUUCGCCGUGCCGAAACACAUGGCUACAAGUUACUAUUCAAACAGGUCCGGGGAGCUUACAUGGUGACAGAGGCUGAGAGAUGGAAGCAGGAGGGCAGAAAGGGUCCCGGUCCUGUGUGGGAAACAAAGGAGGAGACAGAUGCAAGCUACAACUAUGGCAUCGAGAAGACCCUCGCAACUGUAGCGGACCAAAUUAAACAGACUGGAAACUCAAAGCUCGGCGCCGUCUUUGCUACACAUAACUCGAUCAGCAUUGAUUUUGGAAUCGAGCUGCUCCAAAAACAUGGAUUGGCUGUGCGCAGGGCCGAUGGCAAACUCUAUGUACCCAGGGAGGUGGCUGGCAGUAUUGCUUUUGCGCAGUUGUACGGAAUGAAAGAUGACCUGACUAACAGAAUCACUGGAUCGCUCACAGCCGAUGGUGGCUUUCCGCUUGUUGUCAAGUCCAUGAGCUAUGGGGACUUAAAGGAGUGUCUGCCAUUCCUUGCUAGACGAGCUACUGAGAACAAGGCUGUCCUGGAGGGAAGAGGAGGAGCUGCCGCUGAGAGGGUUCGGCUGGGGCGCGAGAUCCGCCGACGAAUUCUUCCGUUCUACUAA